GGUGAAAGAAAAAAUAACAAUUAUAAAGAAAUAAACUAAUAAAUGGGAGACGAAACAAAUAGCUCUAGUAAAAGAAAGUUGUAUUAACAGAAUUAGAAAGUAAAUUAAAGUCCUUGAGUGUAGUGAAUGUGUUCCCAGAAUGAAAACAAAACAAACUUUGUCUAUACACUAUUGGGUAAUUUUGCUCGUGAACGCAUGCAGUUUAUGUGAAAGCUAUAAAAAUAUAAUCCUAAAAGAUUAUCUAUGCGCUGACAAAUUUUUGUUAGAGAUUCAGCGAUCCCUCCAUGUACAUCCUUCAUUUACGCUAACUGAAGAUCGAGAUUCAGCAGCCAUCAUAACCCAAGUUUGGAAUACAACAUUACCAGGUUAUUACUCUUCUAACAAGUUAACAUAUGAUUGUUAUUUUCGCGUGCAAACACCUCAUCGACCGCCACGCGGAAUUUUCACUGUCAUCACACGCCUUAAAUUUCGACGUGAUCCUGUUAAUAAUACCUGUAUAGAUUAUAUACAAUUUGUUGGUGGCAAUCGUCCGGCAUCUGAGAAGAUAUGCAACGAAAUUGCAAUAGAUGGACCAGCGGGUCGGUUAAUAUUCGAUGAACGUAAUCGUGAAGUUAAUAUUCACAUUUAUAUUGAUAAACGUGUUUCGAUAAAGGAACCCCUGGAACUGCGAAUGGUGAUGACAGCACAUUCAGAAUGUAAAUAUACUGGUGACUUUCUCUGUGAUCCGAAAGACCAGUACUCGUGUAUUUCUCGUCAUUUUGUUCGCGAUAAUAUAACAAAUUGUAUGUAUCCAUGUCGCGAUGAAAUAUCAUGUUUUCAUGAUGCAGCUCCGUCGGAGGAAGCUGACACCACAUAUGUAGCACUUUCAGCGCUAACUUCGCUAAUUUUUACAAUGUUGGGCGUUGGUUUCUGUAUAUGGGUCUGUUGGAAAUAUUGGAAUUGCAUAACAGUGCAACAACAUGCACACGAAGCUUCAGCGGCUGCACAUCGUAGGGGGCAAAGGGAAACUCCCGUAGGUGAGACACCAACUGUACCGUCGUUUAGUGAUGCUAUUAGUUCUAGCGUUGGAUACGAACAAGAAAAUCGUCAUCAACAACCACCGUCACCGAAAGAUUUACCGCCAAGCUAUGAAUCAUUAUUCCCAGAAAGAUAAACUAUAGUUGGCGUUGUGGUUCAAUUUUUUAAAAAAAGUUACUGCUAAACGCAAGCCAAACAACUAUUAUCUACAUGUUUAAGGAAUCUCUUUUUACAAAUUAAUCAAAUGUGGGUGAUCCAGUUUUGUGAAUUAAUUAUCAUUGAAGUGUCAAACUUGUGCCAUCAACAUUAUCUAUUGUAUUAUAAGUCUUUUCGUCCGUUUUAGUUAUUUUUAAAUUGUUGAAACAUGUCGAACAAAUUAAUGUCUAGAGUGCCAUCGAUGUACAGUUAAAAUUGUACUACUCUGCAUUUAGUACUGAUAUCAUUUGACUAUUUACCAACUCGAAUAAAAUAUAUCUGUGCAUGAAUGUAUGAAAAUUAUAACUGCCUAUAAAGUAUAACCAUUCAAUUAAAAAAGUUAGAAAUCAAUGUCAACCACACAAAGUCAAUACAAUAUACAUAUAUGUAAUAUUAAUAAGAUACUUAUAUAUAGAAAUUCGCAGUAUAUACAUCAUAUGAAAAGAAUCAUAAAACUUACGAAAACGAAUAUGAAAAGUUAAAAUAUGUACAAAGAAUCUCACUGUCUUCAUAACACAACAUUUAGUAUUUAUAUAUGUAAAUAUGACUGUAAACAAAAUGCAAAUUAUAGUCUGUUGGAAAAAAACAAGCAUAAUCUUGAAAAAGAUGUAAACUGUCAAUGUAAUAGGCAGCCUUGAAGAAUCAACUAUGUACAUUAGUUCCCAUUUCUUUAUGUUUUAUAUUUGCAUACUAACUAUUUUGUUAUAAUUUUUUAUUUUUUUUUUUAUCAAUCGUGUGUUCCUUGUUCUCAGUCUGUUAAGCUUAUAAGCUGUCUAAAUGCACGAAUUUUCUACUAUCAAAUAUUUUAUUUAUAUUUCCUAAAACUUAAGUUUUUACUAUAUUUUGUACUAAUAUAAUAAUACCUCAUGACUUAUAAAUUGAUAGUUGUAAUGUGUAGUUGAAUAAUUAUAUAACAUGGUUAGUGUGAAUUUACCUUGCAUUACAAUUUCUUUUAUAUUGACUGUAAGUGGUAAAAAUAGAUAAUAGAAAUGAACUAGAAAGACAACUUCAAUAAAAUUAGCGGAUUGCGAACAACA